AUGAAGAUAACGCUAGCGUCUGCUAUAGCACUUCUUCUGUCCACGACCGCCACCUCUCUUACGGUUCCAAAGUCAGACGUGGCCAUCCGCCAUGGCGAACUCACCACACCUUCCUACGACGCCAUAGAUCUUGAAGGCAAAGAUCUGCAGAAACGACGUGGAGGUGGAGGAGGUGGCAGAGGCGGAGGCGGAGGCGGGAGCAGUGGAGGCGGAGGUGGUGGGCGUACGGGUGGACGUACAAAUGGAGGUGCCUCCAAUCAUCCAGGAGCUCGUCCAGGGUCAACAAGCACGACUAGUAACCGUGGAGGCACAUCGCCCGGUGGCUCUGGACAACGGCCCACGUACGGACGUGGUGGUGGGUAUUACAGCGGGGGUGCGACUGUUCCUUAUCAAUCGGGCAUUCGGUCACCGUUGGGUAUUACUCCUUUCUUCCUCCCUGUCGCUGCGCUGGCCUUCUUCCCUGGUCUUUGGCUCUACGGAGCAUACGCCUACCAUUACAACCACCCUUAUCAUUAUAUCAACGAGACCACGAACAGAAACGAAUCGAUGCCGGUCAUCUGCUUGUGCGGAGAGCAUGCGACAUGCGGAUGCGAUGACAACAGCAAUAACACGUACUACGAGUCGCUCUUCAACGGUACGCAGCCUAAGAACAGCAGCAUCGUCAAAGUCACGAAUGUCAAUGGUACGCAAACCAUUGCCAUCAAUGGGACCCUAACCAACGGGACAACAGCGGACGAGGAUACCGUGGAUUCGGGUGCUACCAUGACGGUAAUGCAAGCCAGCGGGUACUGGGCGAUGGCUGCCAUUGCUAUCAGCGCGGUUUAUACUCUGUGA